CAAUCCAAUUAAUUUGAUAUUUACGAAGUAUCUUCUCCUAAUAAUAUUCGACUCCAUUACAAUUUCCACAUACUUUCUUCUUCAUCAAGUCUCUUUCCUCCAUAGACUUAUCCCCAAAUAUAUAAACUCACCCAUCUUAACUAUCGAAAUACCCAUUUCGAUUCUUCACUCCUUCGCUAGCUUUGUUGCUUCGAGUAUGGGCAAUCUAUUGGGCUGUGUACAAGUUGAUCAAUCCACCGUCGCAAUUACAGAGCAGUUUGGCAAGUAUCAAGAUGUGCUUCAGCCAGGUUGCCACUGCCUGCCUUGGUGCUUCGGAUUCCAGUUAGCUGGCCAUCUCUCCCUCAGGGUGCAACAAUUGGAUGUUCGCUGCGAGACAAAGACAAAGGAUAAUGUGUUUGUCAAUGUUGUGGCAUCAAUUCAGUACCGUGCCCUGGCAGACAAAGCAAAUGAUGCUUUCUACAAACUAAGCAACACUAAGGGUCAAAUUCAGGCCUAUGUUUUUGAUGUCAUUAGAGCAAGUGUUCCAAAACUCAAUCUUGAUGAUGUUUUCGAGCAGAAAAAUGAAAUUGCCAAGGCUGUCGAGGAUGAACUUGAGAAGGCUAUGUCGGCUUAUGGAUAUGAAAUUGUUCAAACACUUAUAGUUGAUAUAGAACCAGAUGAGAAUGUGAAGAGAGCUAUGAAUGAAAUCAAUGCUGCUGCUCGGCUGAGGGUGGCUGCUAAUGAGAAAGCAGAGGCGGAGAAGAUUUUGCAAAUUAAGAGGGCUGAAGGAGAGGCAGAAUCAAAGUAUCUUUCAGGGUUAGGUAUUGCACGACAGCGUCAAGCGAUUGUGGAUGGUUUGAGAGACAGCGUGCUCGGAUUCUCAGUGAAUGUGCCUGGAACCUCAGCAAAAGAUGUAAUGGACAUGGUCCUUUUAACCCAGUACUUUGACACCAUGAAAGAAAUUGGCGCUUCCAGUAAAUCAUCUGCUGUCUUCCUUCCUCAUGGGCCUGGUGCUGUAAGAGAUGUGGCAAGCCAGAUCCGCGAUGGACUCCUUCAAGCUUCUGUGAACCAUUAAAUGUUUCUACUAUAUCAGAAAUGUUAAUUGUGUUUCACUUGAAGCAGCCUUUUUCAUUUUGUGUUUACUUUCUGUUAGUGUGGAUAUGUUUGGCGAGUUUGACUUUGUAUUUGUGAAUGCCUCUAGUAUCUUAUAUUGUAAAGAAUUUAAUAUCCCAGACCUUUGAAGAAUUAUAUACUAUUAAUAGAUGGAUGUGAUAUUUCUCCUCGUUAA